CGGGAACAAAUCAAUCAGUUCCUUUCCGAACGCAACGGUCGGUUGUUCAAAUUUGUCAAUGCACUCUGCCCGAUAUAUGUGCUAUACUAUACGAGUAUAAUAAACACGCGUAUAAAAAAUGGUUGAGAUUAGCAAACUCUAUCAACCACCUUACAAUGCUGUAAGCUGCUCGGAACUGUUAAUGCAUAAUGGCCUAACAUGUAAACAAAUAUUCAGAAGGAACUGGUACCGUUGCUCUGUGGGCUGCUUGAAAUAUUUCCUGCCGUUAGCCGUUUCACCGCUAGUGCUCAGACCGCGUAGCUUGAACCGUCAAACGCUCUUAAAUAUACUACGUUACUAUUUGGAAACUUCGCUAUGGGGUGCGACCAGCUCUGCUUUGACUAUCUACUUCAUAUGCCUUUACAGACACCUGUUUGGAAGAUACCACUUAUUGACGGUAACUUUUUUGCCAGCGUACACAGCGUUCCAGUUAAUUUGGUUCUACCCCAUACGCACCAUCCGCCUCUUCAGCACAGCAACAACACAAGCGGCUUUAGAAACCUGGCUGCGCAAACAAAACCACUUCAUAACAAAAUCCUUACCCAUUCAGACAAUAGUCUUCAUGCUCUCCAGCGCCGUUGUAUUACAUUUUAAGCGCCGUAAGGAAUUCAAUGGAUUCUGGUUUAUACAGCCCAACACAGAUGAAUCACAACAAAAAGGUGUAGAGAACUUGGAAGAUCUUCAAAAAUCAGGAAAAUGUUUGCAUGAGGGCACAUCGUGUACCAAAUAUAUAUUGAAGGAAAUGAGCAGUUAUUUGAUGUACGGCGUACCAUUAGAUUUACUGAGCACUGUAACUAAGGGGAAAAUGCCAAGACGUUUGAGGGACUUGAAGAUGAUACGCUUCGAAAUGACUGCCUUUUUUCUCUCCUACGCGGGAAUAUACAGAUUGUCAAGCUGUCUCUUAACUCGCUACACAGUCUAUGGCACACGAGAACAUUUGCUCGCCGCCGGUUUGGGUGGUCUUUCAUAUUUUUUCCUAAACAAACUGGCGUUUAGUGUUUUGGCCUUUGUGAUAGCUGUGCAAGCAUAUUGGCAAUCAUACUGCUCUCAGCCAGUGGAGGAGCCUGAAAAUAAAAUUGCAACAAUUCUAAAAAGUGUUCCGUUCGCUAAAUUGUUGGUACCAUAUAAUCUCGCGUAUGUGGCGCACAUUUUCGUUUUUCACAAUGAUGCCAUGUCAAAGUUAGCAAAAGGAUUUUUUCGUGGUGCGACGGAUAAUCUUUUUGCACAAAUACAUCAAUAUAUAUUGGAUAUGUUAGCUCGACGCGAAAAGAUGCCGUUAAGUUAACCACUUGUGUGAGUCUUUAAAGACGGAAGAAAGUUCGUUAUGUGUACUGACAGAAAUUGUAAUUCUCAGCGAGCCACUUAGUCCAAAAUUAAUAAAUCAUGUGUGAGAUUGGAAAAAACGCAGACUUAAUGUAUAAAUAAUUAUUUAAUGAAAUCAAUAAAAGUUGGUGCAUUUGCAGGUAUAUUUUUUUGUGUCUACCAAUUUGUAUGUUAAGUUUGCCAUGAUUUUUGUAGCACUUGUUAGAAAAUAACCAUGUCUGAUGAACGCCUAACAGUCCACCAAGAAGAUACUUAUUUGUCGUAAUCGCUAUUGGAACACAUAGCUACCAUACAAACUGAUCCAUCAAAAGAAAGUCGUAGUGUGGAAAGCAUUUUUGACUAGAUAUCUUCUCGAAAUUUGGCAUUGAUUAUGUACAUAUGUAUGUACAUACAUAUGUAUAUGAUGAGACAAUGCUACAAUAUCCAAACAAAUUGUUUAAUUGGACCAAUGUGGUAUAUAACCGCCAUGCAAAAUUAUGAUAUUCAUAAAUAUCUUUAUUUAUUAUUAAAUAACCUUAAUUUGAUUUCAAGGUCAAAGAAUGUGGAUAGAAAGAACUAUCAAAACGGUUGCCUUUUAAUACAAACGGUUGGUCGGUUGCGUUUUCAGAUUUAAUUAAACUGACUCUUUUUUUUGGUUUUCUUUUAAAUUCGUAUAUUUUCGUACAUUAAGUAACUAGUGCUGAGUAGUAGUUAUUUUUGUAGCACAUGGUAAAUUUCCAAAAUAUUUUUAUAGGAAAAAGAGCAAGGUCUUUUAAAAAUAACGUUUAAUAAAUAAUAUACUCGUGUAGUAUUUCCGUUCUCCACUAGUUUUUUUAAUAAUCUACUGUUAACGCGACAACUCUGUCACCACUCGACACAAUAAACACAGCUGCUGUCCAUUUCGUUUGUUUUGAUUUUCCAUUCACAAAACAGCUGCUCGCAAUAUUUCGUGAAAAUUGUUUUAGUGAUAAAACGGUGUUACGAUAGAAGUUUUAUUUAUAAAUUUGUAAAAUACACAGGAAAUAUAAAAAUAUGAUGAGAAAGAAUCAAACAUUUGUACAACGCAAUUUGGUAACGAUUGUGAUGAUUCCCUCCCUUAUUGGUAUGCAUUACGCAUGGAGUGUAAUGCAAAAGAACCGCACAUUAGUUUCCGCCGAAGAAGAGAUCGAUUUGCCUGUUGUAACGUUUGCAAAAUAUUGCUGGAAGCGGGUGCAGGGUUUAACUGGAGGUGAGCAAAACGUUGAAGCUGCAACUCCCGCUGCUACAACGGCAGCAGUUAAAUAAAAAUAGCAUUCGUAAUACGGUAUUGAAUUUUGUAAAUAUCACGUUUUUGUUAUUUGAAAAAUGUAUAAACACGUAAUCGCGUUUCCCGUUCAUGUUUGUAAUGUUUUAUUAGUUACAUAAUCAAGUGUGACGUGCGAAAUAAAAAUUUGUUGUCAAUAUCAAUAUACAGUAAAAUAACUUUAUUUUUAAUAAUA